CCCCGCCCGCCCCAGCCACCUGCGCCCCGCCCCGGCCGCGCCCGAGCCCGGGAAAGGCGGAGGCGCGCCCCUGCUCUGGGAAGGGCGAGUCCCCGUUGCGACGCGCGCUGUGUCUCCGGGAACAGUAAUCCCGCCACUCCGGGCAUGCGGCGGCGCUGAGAGCCUGCCGGCCCGCGGAUCCAACAACUCUAGCGAGUCUCUUCCCGGGUUGUUCGAGAAGGCGGACUGAUCGCUGGGCAGGAUGACCAACCCCGCGGCCACGCAGAACAAGGAAAUAGACUGUCUGAGCCCAGAAGCUCAGAGACUGGCGGAGGCAAGGCUGGCAGCGAAGCGUGCGGCCCGUGCCGAGGCUCGGGAGAUCCGAAUGAAGGAGCUGGAGCGGCAGCAGAAAGAGAUCUAUCAGGUUCAAAAGAAAUAUUAUGGGCUGGAUACAAAAUGGGGCGACAUCGAGCAGUGGAUGGAAGACACUGAGCGCUAUUCACGUAGAUCCAGGAGAAACACAUCGGCUUCUGAUGAAGAUGAGCGCAUGUCAGUGGGUAGUCGUGGAAGUCUGAGGUUGCAGCCUGACUUGGAGUAUGGGGGUCCUUAUGCCUGGACAAAUGGUUAUGACGGAGACGUAUAUGGAUCACAGACCCUGAAUAGAAGAUCUGGCAGGAAUUCCAGCUACAGCGGUGAGGGCAGAUUCUCCACUAUGUCUUCCCCCAGAGAGGACACGCUGGGAUUCUCCUGCUCCGACCUCGGGCUUCCCAGUGCUGGCCUGGCUCCCAAAUCCCUGUCUACCCAGAGUGGAAACCGGCCCUCCUAUCUGUGCAGUGCUGCCCGGCCUGCUGGGAGUUACCGGGCGUCCGUGUUCGAUGAGAGCAGUCUCCUCGGCGGGACUCGGCGGGGCAGUGCCUGUGGUUCCUACGCUCCCUCGGAGCACGGCGGCCACCUCAACUCCAGCUCCCGAGCCUCGUCCAGAGCCAGCUCAGCACGGGCCAGCCCAGUGGUUGAAGAGAGACCAGAGAAAGAGUUCACCGAGAAGGGCUCGCGUGGCCUGCCCGGCCUGUCUGCAGCCACCCUGGCCUCCCUCGGCGGGACCUCCUCUCGGAGGGGAAGUGGGGACACCUCCAUCUCUGUGGACACCGAGGCCUCCAUUAGGGAAAUCAAGGAACUGAAUGAGUUAAAGGACCAGAUUCAGGACGUAGAAGGCAAAUACAUGCAGGGCUUGAAAGAGAUGAAGGACUCACUAGCAGAAGUGGAAGAGAAGUAUAAGAAGGCUAUGGUUUCCAACGCUCAGCUGGACAAUGAAAAGACAAACUUCCUGUACCAGGUUGAUACCCUAAAGGACAUGUUGCUAGAGCUUGAAGAGCAGCUGGCUGAGUCCAGACGGCAGUAUGAUGAGAAAAACAAAGAGUUUGAGAGGGAGAAGCACGCCCACAGCAUCCUGCAGUUCCAGUUUGCCGAAGUGAAGGAGGCCUUGAAGCAGCGGGAAGAAUUGUUGGAGGAAAUCCGACAGCUACAGCAGAAGCAGGCGAGUUAUAUCAGGGAGAUUUCUGAUCUUCAGGAAACAAUAGAGUGGAAAGACAAGAAGAUAGGGGCUUUAGAGAGGCAGAAAGAGUUCUUUGAUUCCAUAAGGAGUGACCGAGAUGAUCUUAGAGAAGAAGUAGUCAUGCUGAAAGAGGAGUUAAAGAAACAUGGAAUAGUCCUAAAUUCAGAGCCUGCCACCAAUGGAGAGACUUCAGACACUCUAAAUAACGUCGGACACCAAGUUCCUUCCAAGCUAACGAAAGAAGAGUUAAACGCCCUCAAGACGGCGGGGGAUGGGACACUAGGAAGAGCCAGUGAAGUGGAGGUGCAAAGUGAAAUUGUGGAGAAUGUGGGGAAAAAAGAAAUCUUGCAGAAUACUGAGCGAGAGCGGCACAAGGAGGACCCAGCCCAGGAGUGUGUGGACACAGAGGUGUUCCGCCCUGGUGAAAAUGCCGAGGACCAGAAGGCCUCUGAAGAUGGUGCCCCCUCCCCGGGAGCAUUAGCAGAUGCUACGAAUGAGGAGCAGGCUCAGAACCAGAUUCUAGAGAAUGCUUCCCUCCUCGAAAAUACAGAGCAGGUUGAGUCUGAUGAGGUCAGAAACACACCAGGCGAUAGGACUAGGGCUUCCCUUGAGCAGUCCGAAUGUUCUCAUGUGUUAGAUGGCGAAACCCCAGGUCCUGGGACUGGGCAGGACAGUUACAAUGCCUUAGAUAUCAAAAACCACAGCAAAGAAUCUGCAGAAAACCAGGAAUACUUGAAUGCCAACUUGGGAGAGGGGAGCACAAAGCUGUGUGCAGAAUCCAAUUGCCUGCAACCAUCUGAAGCCGGAGGGCUGGGCAGCGCAUACACGGGGCAGCAAGAUGGGAGCCCCACAGAGGGUGUGGUGGAAGCAGGGCUAAUGGGGCCUGGGGAGCAGGUGAGCACAGAAGCCUCUGGCCCUCCAACAUCCAGCCAUGACAACGUGAGUUUUGAUGAACAGCGUGCCACAGAAGCCCCCACGGAGCUGGACGCAAGCACUGGGCGGGAUCUAGACAAAGAGUUCUCUGAGCAGGAAGCCUCUGAGCCCCAGGAGUUCCCAGGUCAGAGCACAGCAGUAGAUGGGGAGCAUGACAAAAAGGAGGAUGGGGAAAGAGUGUUGAGGGACGAGGAACCAACACAGACAGAAUUGCAGAAUGUUCCUUAUUGUCCAGAGGCUGGAAGCGGUCCUCAGGGAGCAACAGGUCUGGCUGUGGCAGAUGCAGAAAGUGAGCCCCUAGAUAGGAAAGACACCGAGGAAGAAAGGAAUGACCAACAGGGAGAGGCACUAGAUUCAUCACAGAGGAAGACAAAGAACAAGAAGAAGAAAAACAAGAAGAAAAAAACAACAGCACCUGUAGAAACCCUUAAUGAGGUCGAGAAACAGUUAACAUUUCAGGACUCAGAUUUAAGUGAGGUGAAGGAAGAUGAGCCCGUAGCUCUUACUGACAGAAAACCAGUCGUGGAAGCACCAGACGAGGUGACUGAAAGUCCAGAAGAGGAAAGCUUAGCAGGAAGCAGUGAAAACCCUGAUUGUCCAGAAAAUCCUAAAGUUGAGUUGGAUGAAACACUUAACCAAGAAGACAAUGAUGUAAACACUAAGCAGGGGAAAGAGACAGCUGAUGGCAACACAUCAGCUUUGGGGGAUGACACAACCCCUUCAUCAGGCACAAGCGCCAGAGAUAAGGAGCUAGAGGAAGCCAUGAUCAAAGACGGCACUAAGGAUGAUGGCAGGGGUCCUCCAGAACCAAUGAGCGGAGGAGCAUCCAGCAACACCCUGCUGGAGGGUGAGGGUCCCUUCAAGGACAGUGAAGAUGCCCCUCAAACGGGAAGUACAGAGCAGCAUGAGAUGGCAGAGGGGCCCAGUCAGAGAGUCAAGAAGGUCGCAGAAAACGAUGACUUGGUACCCAACAUGGAGCUGGGUGCCUGCACUUCAGAAGGCAAGGAUGAGCUGAGAGGCGAAAGCGAGAAGGGCAGAAGCAAGGAAGACUGUACCAUGUCGUAAAUGGGCAGAGGCCAAGGAUUGCACAGGAAGCCCAGUGGUCAGGGGCUCGUCUGCUGCCCCCCUGGGUGAGGUUCCUAAAACAUUCCACAUGGAGAUAGAUGCACCGUAGGACAGUCAACCACCAAGCUAUCCAACACAUCGAGUUACAGACUGUUACUUGUAGCUGUAUUCUUCCUCAUUAAGGUUAUCACCCCGAUUAGAAAGAAAGAUACAUCUGUAAUCAGUAGGAGUCCUGAGAGCAUUCCUGCCG